UUCUAAACCUUCGAAGGAACUCCCGUAGGACUCACGAACCUACACGUACGAGCCCACCCAGGGCCAGAUGAUGUUGGCAGUAUCUAACGAUUCUUUCACGCCUACCAGCUGACAAUAGCGAUAUCUAACAUUUACCGUGUUGAGUGACCAGACUGGAAGAAGUGGCAGUCCCCGAUUGCUUUCAGUGCACAUGUUUCCAGCCGACCAAGAAAUAGACAGAAAGUCCACGAGAGGACCCGAAGACGAAAUCUGGAAAUUAGUCGCUGGGUGGUCCUCACGUUUUCUACAUUUGACUUCUGCUAGCAGCAGUUCAUAUUUUAUUCAGCAGCAGCUCAACAUGCUGCGAGCUCUGAGUGUCUCGACUCGUGCUUUACAGCCUCCACUGGAUACUUCUCGAUUCGAUGUGCCGUUGCCUCACAACGGAAGUUCUACAAGUGACAAGAGAGACAUUGCAGAAUUGCGAUCGACGUUCAAAAUCCACCGGUGGUAUACAGAUUUUUAUCACAAGAAGCAAAGUGAGGUGGCCAGGAUCUUGAGGUAUCGCAUAGAAUUGCUGAAAGAUCGUGUCAUCUGCUGCGACAGUGUGAUCUGUAGCUCUGUUGAGAUUCGGACACUGAUCAGGAAUAUUCAAGUUGACUACUGGAAAGUAGAAGGGCGUAGUCUGGUACUUCGUUUAAAGUGUGCAAGGCUUGCUUCUGAAAAUCAGAGGCAGCUGAAUUUCGCUGAAACGCUGAGUUCCAGACUACGAUAUAUUGACGAGCUAGAAACCAUAACUGGUGAAGUUAAGGGUCUGCUCUGCAAGGACGAAAGCUGUGAUUAUAUAUGGCAUCUUCGGCGGCUGGAUCAUUGUUUUUUGUUUGUUGACAACCGUAAGAAUUAUUCAGAGUAUACAGGUCUUUCACUCAAAUGUAAACAGCUUCGUGGGCGCAUACUUUCGGCAGUGAGAUCACACAUCGCUGCUACUGUACUCGAUAGCGUCAGAGAAGCUAAGCAAAGUCACAUCGAUUCAGAAAAUGCAACAUGUAGAACUCAUCAAGAGCAUGGGGUUCAAGGAAGUUCUUUUUUUAAUGCUGCAUUUUAUGUAAAUUUCUGCUCUGCAAUGGCUAGCCUGAAGCCUAUUUUGGGCGAGCUUUAUGCGCAAGCACAGAGUCGAAGAAGCACUAACUGGAGAGAGGCCUUUGCACAAGUAUUAAUUGAUUGUCAUUCGAACUACUGCAACCAGAGGUUUUCCCUUGUUUCAGAGGUGUUUCAAAACCAGCUUCUGGAACAUUUUAAGGGACGGUCACUUCUAGUCUUUGUGCACAUUGGCUUCACAUACCUUUUACAGAUUUGUCAAGCUGAGCUAGAGCUUUCCGAGAAAUCUUUCCCUUUGACAAAUGACGCUUCCCUCACCACCUUAUUGUUAGAGCCUCUCGGGCAAUUAUUACUAGAUGUUGUCCGACCUCAGUACAUCAUGUGGACCGACAUGUUCACCAUUGCAGAAUUUGUUGACUUGAUCAAGUGCAAGGUUAUGGAAGAACAGCUAGACAAGUAUGGGAAGACUGGUUCACUAUUGCAGCCUUUUGUUGCUGUCCUACUUGCCGAUGUCCGGGAGCGACUGAUAUUCCGUGCACAGACUUUUCUUCGUGAUAAUGUGAGUAAUUACUGUCCCUCUGCUACUGAUCUCGAUUAUCCCAGCAAACUGGAGUUACCUCCGUCAUCUGAGAGUAGCACACCAGACGUGAGUACAAGUUUUCCACCAGACUACAGAUCUUCUGGUGAAAAAGUUAUCUACUGUGGGGUCUCGGAAAAGUCGACUGAAAAAUGUUUUCAUGAUGGAUUUCCUCCCUUGUUUCACACAUUGACGUGCCUUACGACACUAAACCGCUGUUUGGAAGCCCGAACAUUUUCUGGCAUUGCUCAAGAAGCCGUCCAUAUUUGCUGUGGAUCCAUCAAGGGUGCUAGUCACUCAAUUCAUAAUCAGGUAGGUUUUACGGAUGGGCAGCUGUUCUUGAUAAAGCACCUUCUCUUGCUGCGUGAGCAAAUUGCAACAUUUGAGCCUGACCUCACCGCUAACGCAGUUUAUGCGAGAAAUCUCAAUUUUUCGCAUCUGCGGGGGCAUGUUCAACGCAUUAUAGCAGGCGAAACAAGUGUUGGAUCCAGGGAACCUGGUGCGAGUGAUUUACUGACACUAGCUGUCCAAGGCCUUCCCCGUUUAGUAGAAACAGCAGUUGACAGCCGCAUAGAGCUUGAGCAGCUUUUAAAGGUCGCAUGUGAAGAUUACAUUAUGUUUGUUACUAGGCAGAUUGUCGAACCUAUGCUGUCAUUCAUCACAAAGAUAACAGCUAUUCGUGUGUCGGGCAUUAUGACUGAAGAGGCACCAGUCCGUCAGACAGCAUUUGCGACACCUGACAGAAUUCGUGAUAUUGUGGUUACUGUCAACAAAACACUUCAUAGCACAUUACCAAAGCACAUACAGAAAAUGCGCAUCUACCUUGCGGGCUCAGUCUCUAGAGAAACAAUCCUGAACCCUAUCAAGAGUAAUAUCUCUGAAGCUCAUGCUCAAUUUGCUGCGAUAUUAUAUUCUGAAUACGAACCAGAACUUCUUAACAAAAUUAAGCUGCAGUCACCUUCUGAUCUUGUGAAGUCUAUGAACGAUAUGCCAAGUUGA